UUUCCAACCGCCAUUAAGAUUCGUAGACGAGUAUGAAUAACAGGAUGGCCGUGUUGUGAAGUUGUGAUGAUGGAGAGCAGUCGUAUUUUACGAGUAUUCUUUCAAGACUUUAAGAACUGGGCGGUUGUACUGUGUUUGAAAUACAAGGUUAAAGGAGGAACCUGCUAGCUGGAUGGAUGUAAUAUCUAGCUGCAAUCGCCUUUUAGUUAUCUAACAAGAAUAGGUCCAAAUCAAACUAGCUUAGUGGGUAACGUUGCCACCAUGUCAGGCUAACUGUCACAUACCUUCACGGUUUUUGCCACAAGACGAGGGCAAUAUAAUUCAACCAACGAACCUUUUCAAUUGAGACCAAAAGCUCCGUCUGUCCUCCAUGGCUUCGUCAGAGGUCAGCAGCAUGCAGGACAUGAGUGAGGUUGUGAUCGUCACCAUACCAGAAGCACAGGCCGAGGACCUGCCGUCUGUGGUGGAGGAGGACAAAGCAGUGCUGGUUACUGCAGAGCUGACUCCUCAGCCGGGGGAGGACAUCCUCACAGUAGCACCAGAGGAGGCAGCAGCCGAGGCCAGCGGAACAAAUUCACUGUCAAAGGAUGAGGGAGUCAUUGUGAAGUUAACUGAGGAGGUGGAUGUGGAAGCUGAUGUCUUCUACCCAAUCACCUGUGGAGAUGCCAAAGCCACGCUGGUCUGGAAGAAAUUUGUCUGCCCUGGGAUCAAUGUGAAGUGUGUCCAGUUCAAUGAGCAGCUCAUCAGCCCGAAGGAGUUUGUGUGUUUAGCAGGGAAAUCCACUCUGAAGGACUGGAAGAGGGCCAUCCGCCUCAAUGGCACCAUGCUCAGGAAGAUCAUGGACUCGGGGGAUCUGGAUUUCUACCAGCACACAAAGGUCUGCUCCAACACCUGCCGCAGCACGAAGAUUGACCUGGUGGGAAGCAAAGUGUCCAUGAGCAGCGACCAGUCAGCUGACCUGGUUCCUGCCACCCCCUUGUCAGCUGAUGUGAACGGAGCAGCAGCCUCGUUUCCAGAGGUGGCAGAGGAAACUUCAGAGUGGGUCACCGCCAUCGGAGAGGACUCGGUGGCGUUCUGGCGUGCGGUGAAGGAGGGGGGCCUACUGGAGGAGGUGGUGGAGGACUUUCAGAAGGAGCUGCAGGAGGUGCUGAAGGGGCUGCAGGAGAGAGUGUGUGACCCACCGCUACAGGUCAAAGAUGCUGUUUUGCUCAACAAUAUAGUGCAGAACUUUGGGAUGUUGGACCUAGUGAAGAAGGUUCUGGCCAGCCAUAAGAGCCAGAUGGACCGGUACAGAGAGCAGUACACUCGCAGCCUCGCCGCUCUGGAGCAGCAGUGUGACGAGCACAGGAAACGAGCCAAGGAGCUGAAAAGCAAAUCGCAGCACCUCAACAAUGUCCUGAUGACUCUCACCCCGGUCCCUGCACCCCCCGCGCCCAAGCGUCCCCGGCUGACCCGCGCUGUUUCUGGCCCGGCCUCGGUCAACGCUGCUCCCACCCAGAUCACUCUGCCUCUCAACCAGCUGACCAGCCUGCCAUUAGGCAAAGUGUUGACUGUGGCAGGAGCCCAGCCUGGCACCAACCUGGGUGGGUACACCCUUCUGACCUCCUCGCUGUCUGGGUCCGAGCUGGCGCCCGACGCCUCUAACCUGACUGUGCUGUCCACAGCGGCUGGCCAGGAGGGCGCGGCCGGGGCCAGCGGCUCCGCAGCCUCCACGGCCUUCGUUAAGGUGGUUGGCCCUCAGUUCCAGCUGGUGACGCUGCCGGCCACGCUACAGAGCUUGGCCACGACACAAAGCGCUAAUGUCCAGCAGCAAAUUGGCAGCAUCAGUGUGGUGGACGCCACGGCGACUGGUGCAGACGAUUCUCAAGAGGAAGGCCAGCCUGGUGCUGAUGAGGAAGGUCAGCCAGAUCAGGUGAAAGAGCAAGAUGGGGAGCAGCCGACUGAGCAGCAGUGAGACAGAGGACAUUUGUUCUCUCCCCAGUCUCUUGGCUUGUUAUAGCCUUCACUGAACCAUUGUGAACCUUGGAUUGAAUGUGCAUUUUCUGUGACAGCUGAGCACUUGUCCCCAUUUUGAUUUUUACAGACCAUUUCAUGCAUUGUGUUCAUUUCUCAUUUAACACACCACGUGAUGUCCUUCAGCUUUAUAUUAGCAUGGCAACUAGAGUCAGGAGUGUGUUUUAGUAGUGAUUUUUACUGUAAAUAUGUUUUUGUAACUAAUAUAUUUGAUACAACUCUUUCUGUUGGGAUUUAUUUCGUGUAGGCUUGAAAAAAAGGAGAGUUGUUCCGUUUGGUAAUAAAUGCUCAUUUUUCAAGAACA